GAGCUCAGCUGAUUAGCCUUGAGUUGGUUAGGUCCACCCCUCAGUGCCGUUGUUGACUUCUACCUGUUGAGCAGAAAAGGAAACGAAACCCAACGGCUUCAGCACUCGAAGAAGAAAGAGUUUCAAGAAAGAAACUGGCGGAUCCAAUUUGAACAUACAGUUAGUUAGUUAGUUCUGUUCAUAUUGUAAACAUACAGGUAAUAAAAGGAAGAACCAAAGACAUCAAACGGGGACGAGGAACAUGUCUGCUGCAAGUUCCCAGGAAGGAGCUUCAGGAGGCCAUGUGCUGCUACACCAUCGACACCCUCCUCUACAUCAGCACAGUGAGAGAGUUCUGUGAGCGGGUCCAUAAGUGGAGGCUUGAGAGGGAGACCGAGUUGCACAUGAUGAUGGACAUCAAAGAAAGGGCUGACGACAUCGACCUAAGCAUCGACCACGUCACCAAGUCAGAGGACAAAUUUGGGGCUUUUUUUCGGUACUUAGGGAGCAAGUUCACCCAGGUGACUGCAGACAGCAGGUGCACCGAGCUGGAGGCGGAGCUGGCUGCCGUGCUGAAGGACACUCUGGGAGGUCUGGAGAAGCUCCACUGCUUCCUGGACGCAGUGGAGAACCUGGCGGUCACCUCGCUUCAUGUUUUUACGUGUGAGAACUCCAUGUUGCAUCUGCCAGAAGGGAUCCGCCCCCAAGACGUUCAGGUUGUGAUCGCCGCUGCACGGAAGACCUGCCCCCUCCUCAUCGAGUUCAGAAGAGAUGCAACAGCCUUCUUCCUUCCUAAACUUCAGAAUGUGGAGGUGCUUUCAUAUCAGCUGGACAAGUACAUUAAGUCCACGCAGACAAUCUGUGGGACGUUAGAGAAAAGCUCCCUCAGUGAAUUCUGCAUAGAGAUGAAAACUGAAACCCUGGUGGAUCUCAAUGUGGAUUUGUCUGAAAAUGAUAUCGAAGUGAUGCUUUGGCACAUUGAGGAGCUUGAGGAAAUCCGGAUGAACCAGAGCUUCCGGACGGUGUUCUUGUUUAAGGGGGAAUGUUCUAACUUCACCUCUGAGUUCAAAGAGCGCAGGCCUCGGAUGCUUCAGUUUCUGGAAGACCUGGAGGAGAAUGCUGUUCAGCUGGACCGGAUGAAUAAAGGGGCAAAGAUCUCCAGUGUGGUAGGCAGCUCAGUGGGGGCAGCUGGAGGUGUGCUUUCCAUCAUUGGUUUGGCAUUGAUUCCUGUAACAGCUGGAGUGUCUCUCGCUCUCACAAUGACUGGGGUGGGGAUGGGAAUCACCAGCGGAGUCAACGGAUUGGUCACCACUGCCACAGAGAUUGGUGUAAACCAUACACACCAAAAGCAAGCCAGGGAGGUCUUCCAGAGCUUCAUGGAGGAUGUGAAGGUUCUCCAGGAUUGUCUGGAGGAGGUCAGCCAAAAGGUUACUACCCCAGAAGAGGUGGUUCUGGGAGUAGGCAAGGUGCUCUGCAGAGUUGGUGCCAUUGGAACAGGCAUCGAUGGACUUGUGGAUGCGGCCGCAGCUCUUAAGAUGCUAAAGAGUGAAGACCUGAUUGUAGGUGCUGGCAAAGUGGCGAUGCAGGAAGGGAAAGCGCUGCGGAACGCUCCCAGGUUGGCGGCGGACCUCCCUGAUAUCGGUCAGGCGGCGGUCAAAGGGCCUCUGGCCCUCUCCAAUUCGGCAAGAGCCGGUCUCAUCGGGCUCAACGCUCUCUUCCUGGGCCUGGAUAUCUUCUUCAUCUGCAAAGACAGCAUCGGUCUGGCCAAAGGCUGCGAGACCGAAUUCUCCCAGUUCAUCAGAGCCAGAGCUGCACUUUGGCGCUCAGAGUUGGACUCGUGGCAGAAGAUCUAUGGCUCACUGAGCGAAGGUCUGCGCACAGAAGAGGGGGACAAAAGAAUCCUGGAGAGGCGAUUUUAUCCAGAGAAGAAAAUGAAGAAACAAGGAGGAAUUUUUUCUCAAGGAAAAUUGUAUUUGAUGAAGUGGAUGAAAAAGAACAGAUGAAUAAGAAGUCGUGUGUUGUGCAGUAGGGCUUCAGCGACCACAGAUGAUUAUCAAAUCCUCUUAAAUUAUCCUCUCAGCAUCAAACAUGAUCAAAAUGUGUCUUUGGGGACUUUUUAAUUAGCUGUACUUGUCAUAAACUCGACAUUAACUAAUAUAUUCUACCCCCGAAGCUUCUGAUGAACCUGUUUAUUAUUGUGUGUAAUUUAGCAGUUUACCUGAUGAUAAACCCUAAUGAAAAAUUCAAGUUGUAUUUAGAAUAUGGAUUUUUAAUUUCUGGCAAAUAAUACCAAUAAUCUUCUAUUGUUGUUUCAGAGUGUUAGAGGAAGCUGAAGCACAAUGAUGUCUGGUAUAUUGCGGAUAUCAGCAGCUUUAAAUUGCUGAGUAAAUAAUCCACGCUGCUGUGCUCUGGAGUUUCUGCUGCUAAGCGCAAAACUAUUUGGAGCCUUUGGAUAAUUAGGCAGAUGCUAACGGCUCCGAAUUAGGUUUCCAUUGAUGUCAGUAGACUUGACCUUAAGAGCCCUUUUAUUUGUUUCAUUUUGUACAUCCUGCUGCUAACUGACAGUGUGUGUACUUUUUUUUAACGCAUUCUAUUUAAUCAAAUAACCCAGUUUUAAACACCAUAAUGUUUUUCCAUGUUCAUAUUCCAAAUGUUGUGGAGUGAUAUAUUUGUCUAAGCUGCAAUGUACAAAAUGACUCCAUGUUGCCAUCAGGCAAUGCUUUUAAGUGAUAGUAGUCGUAGUACUCUCAGCAGCUGAGAAAUGAACUGCAGAACUAUAUAAAAAUAUGAAGCAAUAGUAAUCCGACAUUCUAGGGUCGAAGGAGUGAUUUUAUUCCAUAUUUUGUCCUUUCAUUGAAAGUCUACAUAUGCCUGUAAAUCACUCCGCGUAUCAAUAACUCAAGUAUUUUGUCUAUUAGUGCGUUUGACAGACAUGAUAUUGAUAUUUUAAAAUUAUCUUUCUGUACAUUACACAUGCUCAGCAUUCUGAUAAUCAAAAUGCUUUUUCUUAGUGCUAAGGUAGAGAAUCAUUGCCUUGUCCUGGUUGAAGAAUGCAGGGUCAGAGAGAGUCAGGAUGGAAGUUAGGGACACAACAAGCACCAUACAACACACACACACUUUGGUCGUUUAGUUUAUAUUACGAUAGAGGACCCAUAAAUCACAUGUGACUGGGUCUUGUGUGGUGAAGAAAGAACCUGCUCCCCCUCAACACCAGUUUAGGGCGAACAGAAAUCUUUUCUUUUCUGUUUAACAAGGCUUAUAAAACAUGGUGUUCUUCCUGAUGUCAGUUAGUUGUUCUUCCGACCCACAGAACUGGUCCUGCCUUUGCAAACGCAGCGCUGAUACUUGACCUGUGAUCUGACACAUAAAUCUCCCAGAACGAGAGAAGUUGUUUGGCUGAAUUUGUGCUAAAUAUAUUCCUAACCGGGCUUCCAAUCUUCGAACACGUCGGAAAUCAUUCAAUU